AUCCACUUCUCUUGCCUUCUCCUCCUUGGUGAACAAGGUCCACCUCCAUCCCACCACCAUGUCCUGCUAUGAUCUGUGCCGUCCCUGCGGACCGACCCCACUGGCCAACAGCUGCAACGAGCCCUGUGUGCGCCAGUGCCAGGACUCCCGGGUGGUGAUCCAGCCGUCUCCUGUGGUGGUCACCCUGCCUGGACCCAUCCUCAGCUCCUUCCCCCAGAACACCGCUGUGGGCUCCAGCACCUCUGCUGCUGUUGGCAGCAUCCUGAGUGAGGAGGGAGUGCCCAUCUCCUCCGGUGGCUUUGGCAUCUCCGGCCUAGGCAGCCGCUUCUCUAGCAGGAGGUGCCUGCCCUACUAAGGAUGAGGUGGACAUCCUGUGAAUGCAUCCCCCAGGAAGCCCAAAGUCAGGUGCUGGACUGAAGAUGGAGUUUCUGGCUUGCUUUUUCAGUUUCCCAGAUAGGCUGAGUAUCUUUGUGACCUUCUGCAAAGCAGAGAGGGAUGCCAGGUUGCCAGCCUGUGCUGUCUGGAAACAUAGCCAGCAGAUUUCUUCUUCUUCUCCCACUUUCUUCUCAUCAUCACAUCCUUGUUGUCUCCUGCUUUCCUGUGCCAUGGAUUCAUCCUGAAGCAAGUUGAGAUGGCACUGCCUCUUUCCAAUCACCAUGUGAGGGAGGAAGUCAGGCAUCCCAUUGUGUUGAAGGUCUAUCAGAGUUCCAGAUGCCCUAGGAGCAACCUGCACCACCCUUCUACAGUGCAAUGCUUUGAUUCUAUCUUCAAACACAAUAAAUUUUAUGUUGCAUUCAAA